AUCGAACCGGGAAUACAGCCCCGCGCCGCAACGCUCUGUGCUUCAGGAUUCGCUCGCAUUUCGCUCGCUCGCAUAUCGAGCUUCAUAGUUUGCGUCCUCACGAGCGAGAAGCAGCCACCACUGUACCGCCAUGGCGAAGAUGUUAUCCCUUCCCCUCCUCAUCCUUCUUGUUUUCCCCUUUGAAUGCGAGUCCUUCUCUGCCGAAAACCCUACCGAUCGCCGCCUCCUCGUGCUCGUCGAUGACCUCGCCAUCCGCUCAUCUCAUUCACUCUACUUCAAGUUUCUCGAGUCUCGCGGCUAUGUUCUCGAAUUCCGUCUCGCCGACGAUCCGAAGCUUGCGCUCCAGCGCUACGGUCACUACCUAUAUGACGGCCUCGUCAUAUUCUCUCCCUCCGUCCAGCGUUUCGGGGGUUCUCUUGACCAGGCCGCCGUGCUAGACUUCGUUGAUGCGGGACACGAUCUGAUCCUGGCUGCGGACUCUUACGCCUCGGACUUGAUCAGGGGGAUUGCCUCAGAGUGUGGCGUAGAUUUUGAUGAGGAUCCGGAUGCCGUUGUUAUUGAUCACGUUGGUUAUGCUGUUUCGGAGAUUGAUGGAGAACAUACGCUCAUUGCUGCGGAUGAUUUCAUACAGUCUGAUGUGAUUUUGGGAGAGAAAAAGAUAGAGGCUCCUGUACUGUUCCGUGGAAUUGGCCAUUCUGUAAAUCCUGCUAGUACUUUGGUCUUGAAAGUAUUGUCUGCUUCUCCUUCAGCUUAUUCAGCAAGCCCAAAAACAAAGUUGUCAACUCCUUCCAUCACAGGCUCCACAAUUGCAUUGGUUUCCGUUGUGCAGGUUCUCAACUCUUUUGUGAUCAAUAAUUGUUGUUAUGCAUCCCGUCUUUUGCUUUUUAAUUUUCUUGAUUACUCGAUAUUUUCAUUAUUUUUGUUUUUUAUGUCUUGUGUUUUGCUCCUCUUUCUCAGCAAGAAACGCAACCGAGUUGCGGUUUGGGGAGACGAGGUCGUGCUCCCCGACAGUACAAUUAUUAUAGAAUUCAAAUCAAAGCUCUCCAUCAGAGGACUUUUCGCCAAAGCUAACACUAGCGAGGGCACCACCGCCGUCGCCGUCACCUUAUACUUAUGUAUCAGUCUCAACAUUGCUUCAAUCUCGAACUUCGGCAUUGUCACAACCGCUGCACCCGAUCUCAGCGAGCAAAGCAAAGUAAAGUUGAGAGAAAAUAUAUGA